AUGCCUCCUUAUUUUCAUUUUGGUGAAGAAGAACUAAGCAAAAUUCCAGUGUGGAUUAGACUCAGAAAUCUGCCUCUUGAGCUUUGGAGCAAAAAAGCUCUUGGUAAGAUCCUUUCCAAGGUGGGUAAACCAUUGAGAACUGACCAUUUAACUGCUACAAGGGGCUCCAUCUCUUUUGCUCGAGCCCUUGUGGAAGUGGAUGCAGCAAAAGCUCUAACUCAGAUGGUUGUCAUUCAAUUACCUGAUGGCAGUUUGAUCAACCAAGCUGUUGAAUAUGAAAACGAACCCACUUUCUGUAAUUACUGCAAGACCAUUGGCCAUGAAGUUGCUUCUUGCACUUAUGCUCCAAAAGGAAGUGCCAUCUCUGAUAAUUCUGCUGAUGCAACCGAAGCUUCCAAAGGAACAGACUCUGCCUAUGCUGUUAAGGUGGAUGAAGCUAAUGUUUCUCCAUCAGCUAUCCACCAAGACAAGGCCCUAACUGCAAGCCAUGCCUCUGUACAUGCCACCACCCUUGGCCAGCAAUCUAGGCAUGAUACUAUGGAGAAGUCCAUCACCCCAUCUUGUCCCCCCAAUGAUGGAUUCACAAUUGUUACAUCCAAAACCAAGAGGAAAAAAUUUAGAUCCCUAAUGCAGCAUAUCCAUCUCUCAAAGGUAACGAGUAGGCCUUUCAAGGCUGGGAAAAAACCUGCUAAGGCUUCCAUUGCUAAAGCUGGUGCCUCCCUUGCUAGAAAUGGUGCGGCCGUGAAAGAUAGGGUGCCUUUUUCCCCUACCAAAGCUAAUGUUGCAGAGAAGGCUGUUCAGCCUUUUAACUCCCCUGCCACAAGAAGGAUCGCUGCUGUCCUUCCCUCUGCAUCAAAGCCUCCUGAGGCUGUUUCCUCAAGAGCAGAUGUGAAAUCUAAGAAGAAUAAAGAGAAGGAACCAGUCCUUUGCAAGGAAAACCGAACCAGCUCACUGCCUUUGGAGGCAUCGAAGAAGGGUCCCAAAAAAUCUAUAAUUACUGGUGUUGGGGAGUCUCUCCCCUCUCCAAUAUUAUGA